AUGCAGAGGGUCUGGUCUGGCAUUAUUGGCAUGACUGCUGAUCAACUGCCAAUUAUGCGAAGUGUUCCCGGCAGUGUGAGCGACAGGAAUGUUGAAAGAGGGGAGUGGGUCGCCGCAGGCUUUAACGGAUAUGGCAUGUCCCAAGCCUGUCUGUCAGGCCAGGCUAUCGCGCUCAUGGCAUUGGGAGAGCCGAAGCCUGACUGGCUCCCGGAUGUUCACUUGAGUAGUGAGAAACACCUAACAGACAAGGCAACCAUGAGUGAGGAGGCAGCGCUGGCUUCCUUCUUCUGUCGAUAA